AUGGAUAAUAAAGUAAAAAAUACGAGUCCAUUUCUCGACGCAUUAUUUGAAUCAUUUUACAAUACCGGAGAAUAUUCGGAGGCGAAUAUUCGUGAUGAAAUAAACACAUUUAUUUUUGCUGGAAGUGAUACUUCUGCUGGAACUCUUACAUUUUUAUUUUUAAUGCUAGCAUCGUUUCCGGAAGUUCAAAAUGAAGUUUAUAAAGAGCUGUACGAUAUGUACGGUUCAAGCAAUGAGAAUGAUGAUCCAAUUACAUACGAUGAUACUAAGAAAAUGCAUUAUUUGGAACGAGUCAUUAAAGAAACACUUCGUCUUUUUCCUCCUGCUCCAUUUUUUGGACGAACAUCAUAUAGCGAUAUAAUAGUGAACGACAACAUUGUAGUACCACAAAAUACUGAAGUGUUUUUUUCGACAUAUUUUAUGCACCGAAAGGGUAAAUAUUGGACGGAUCCUUUACGAUUUAAUCCUGAUCGUUUUCUUCCGGGAAAUUAUGAUCCGAAGUGUUUCAUUCCAUUUGGUUCUGGGAAUCGAGGAUGUGUAGGUAAAUUAUUUGCCAUGGCACAAGUGAAAACAAUAGCUGCUAGUUUAUUGAGAAAAUUUACUGUUGAAAUAGAUAAUCCAGUAUCAGUAGAAAAUGUCGAAGUAAAAAUUUCCAUUACUUUGAAACCAGCUGAAACUAUACUUUUGAGAUUUAUCAGACGUUAAUAUUUAUUAUAUUUGUCAGUAUUAUGUU